AUGUCAGUGGCCGUGUACGUGGCGGCCGUGAGUGUUUUUGUGGCGGCAACUGCCUACUUCAUUCAGCAAACGAGUUUGCCGAUUUGGCAGGCCUUCCUCUUCGCCUUGCUUCUGUCGUACAUUCCGUCGUAUCUAGAGCCAUGUCCGAUGUCACCGGAUGGCCGGUACUGGCCGUGGUUUGCCACGCGUGAUUGGCGAUGGCUGUCACCGUUCGUCAAGAAAGCCGAGUUGCACUUUGAAGCGCCUCUGGUAAAAGGCACGCAGUACUUGUUUGCAGUCCACCCGCAUGGCAUUGCGUCGUGGCACCACGGCGUGCUGCUCGCGAAUUCGUCAUCACCUGCCUUCAGCGACUUUGUGCCUGGCGACAAGCGGCGCCAUUUGGGCGCGUCUAUUGUGUUCCGCAUCCCGCUAUGGCGCGAGUUCAUGUUGUACUUUGGCGUCGUGGAUGCAUCGAAGCAAGUUGCAAACGCAGUGCUCCAGUCAGGCAAGACCCUCGUCAUUCUCGUUGGUGGCGUGAUCGAGCAAAUGAUGGCCAAGCGCGGCGAGCAUUUGAUUUACGUCAAACAGCGUAAAGGCCAUUGCAAACUCGCCAUUCAACACGGCAUUCCCGUCGUCCCAGUCUACUGUUUUGGCGAGACAGACAUGUUUGAGAUAUCCACGGUCAUGCUCCCAUUUCGACAAUGGGUCGCCAAGCGAUUCAGCGUCGCCUUGCCAAUAUGCUGGGGUCCGUACUGGUGGUGCCCCAUCUACCCGUACGACGUCGAGUACCACCACGUGUUUGGGAACCCGAUUCCCACGACCAAAACAGAGCACCCGACGCAGGACGACAUCGACGCGGUGCAUAAGCAAUACGUCGACGAGCUCGAGCGCAUUUUCCACAAGUAUAAAGCGAAGUUUGGUUGCCCAGACGCAGUUUUGCACGUUCGAUAA